GGGCGUUUUUAGGCAGAACUGUGUGUAACCAUGAAAAUAUAAUACAGUUCAUUCCCUCUGUAAACCAAAACUAAAUGUAAAACUAGCUUCGUAAAUACUACAUAUCCCAAUAUGCAAUGUGCCUCUUCCCGCAAUGUAAUAAAUGUUUUAAUAACCCGUACAGUAGGUGGCGGAAAUACACCAAUAGGUGUAGUCUACUAUCAUGCCCGUAACAUGGAACGUUAAAGAAGACGCAAUGGGCACGUUCGUAGAUUCGCUCUGGCUAUCUGCUCCGAUCACUCCCGUCUGAGUCUGCAGCGAGCAGAAUAACUGAUUAAUUUACGAACGCACCCAACGUAAGAGACUUCCUAUUGCAUAGCAUGUUGGUACUUGUGUACACUGCUAAAUAAUAUAGCUAGGUUUUAGAGCCACCAGCAGUUAUUUUGUGUCAUUUCUUGAAAUUAUAUCGAUACUGCUACACUUCUAUAUGUACAAAACUAAUUGACGGGCUGAAAUUCAACAAACAUCGGUAUGGCGGAGGGUGUCGGUAACGCAGUGAAUCUUCCCCCCGGAGAUCCGCAGCUCAUCGGGCUCAUCGUGGAACAUCUCAAGAACCGAGGCCUGUUCGACGAGUUCCGAAGAGACUGCCUGGCAGAUGUGGAUACAAAGCCUGCCUACCAGAAUCUACGACAGAAAGUUGACAACUUCGUCUCUACUCAUUUGAACACUCAAGACUGGAACCCAUCAAUCAACAAAAAUCAAGUGCGAAAUGUGCUAAGACAAAGCGUCGUGCAGUCAGGCAUGCUGGAGUCCGGAGUGGACAGAAUCAUCACCCAGGUGGUGGAUCCCAAGCUUAACCACACCUUCAGGCCCCACAUUGAGGAAGCCAUUCACGACUUCCUGUCUGCUGAGAAGAAGGAGGAGGGUCCAUCCAACACUCCAUCAGAGACAGAACAGCAAGAGGCUCCAAGCCACACUGGACCCAAAACACCAUUGAAUUUAAUACAUUUGACAAAUAAAAUAUUCAAAAUGCUAUUUUCUUUUUGGAGUGUAUUAGUGCGAAUGGAGAUGCUACUUAAAUUUUCUUUGGCGGUCUUUCUUUGUAUAGCCUUUCAGCAAGUAAAGGCGACCGACCCAAACGAACUUCACCAAACUCCUCAAGAGAAACAAUUGAACCAUCAGAAAAGACGACUCUCACUGCAAAACACAGCGGAGAUCCAGCACUGUCUGGUGAAUGCUGGGGAUGUGGGCUGUGGCAUGUUCGAAUGCUUCAACAACAACUCCUGUGAAAUACGAGGCCUACAUGAGAUCUGCGUGACAUUUCUGCACAAUGCCGGCAAGUUUGACUCCAAGGGGAAGUCCUUCAUCAAGGAUGCCCUGAAGUGCAUGGCCCACAGCCUGAGGCACCGGUUCAGCUGUGUGAGCAGGAAGUGCCUGGCAGUGAAGGAGAUGAUGAUCCACCUGCAGAGAGAGUGCUACGUCAAACACAACCUUUGUUCCGCCAUCCAGGAGAACAUCAAUGUCAUGGUGGAGAUGAUCCACUUCCAGGACCUCUUCCCCAAAGGGACUCAUGUGGAGCUGGUGAACAUCCUGCUGGGUUGUGGUGAGGAGGUGAGGACAGCCAUAGCACAGAGAGUGAGGAUGCAGUGUGAGCAGAACUGGGGGGCCCUGUGUGACAGCCUGAGCCCGUGCUCCCUCGGUCGUUCAGAUGACCCCCAACACAUCACAGUCCCUCCCGCCUCUCUGCAUCCUGCUGGACAGCUCUUCCUCCCAGACAUUGAACAGGAGAAACCUAAGACUGGCCAGCUAGACAGGGGCUCCCUCCACCCCUCUGUGAGUCUCAGUCAGGAGCCCCUGGACAACGCCACAGACCUUGGGCUCGCUGUGGCCAGUCAACCGACCAAUACCGCCAUCCAGGGGUGAAACACUGAGUGCAAUGUCUUUAGCUUGUUGACACACAACAUAGCUGCCCCUAACCCCUUUUCCCCCUCAAGCAGCCCUACUACUGAUAACCUCAGUGGUUACAAACAAUGACAAAGGACGAGUAAUGGUCCUGUACCAUGCUCCUCCAUUCAUACUCUCCUAAAUUGUAAAGGUGACAGGGUAUGUGUGGUCAAAUGUAGAUUUGAGGCCAUGCACUUGUUUUUCAGUAGUAGUAGUUCCUUUUUGUUUUAAUUACAGGUGCAAUGUAAAACAUUGUAUUGUAAAAUAGCUUUCAUUUGAUUCCUUUUAGAAGUAAAUGGGUACAGUGGGGCAAAAAAGUAUUUAGUCAGCCACCAAUUCUGCAAGCUCUCCCACUUUAAAAAGAUGAGGCCUGUAAUUUUCAUCAUGGGUACGUACACUUCAACUAUGACAGACAAAAUGAGAAAAAAAAUCCAGAAAAUCACAUUGUAGGAUUUUUAAUGAAUUGCAAAUGAUGGUGGAAAAUAAGUAUUUGGUCAAUAACAAAAGCUUAUCUCAAUACUUUGUUAUAUACCCUUUGUUGGCAAUGACCGAGGUCAAAUGUUUUCUGUAAGUCUUCACAAGGUUUUCACACACUGUUGCUGGUAUUUUGGCCCAUUCCUCCAUGCAGAUCUCCUUUAGAGCAGUGAUGUUUUGGGGCUGUUGCUGGGCAACAGACUUUCAACUCCUUCCAAAGACUUUCUAUGGGGUUGAGAUCUGGAGACUGGCUAGGCCACUCCAGGACCUUGAAAUGCUUCUUACGAAACCUUCGUUGCCCAGGCGGUGUGUUUGGGAUCAUUGUCAUGCUGAAAUACCCAGCCACGUUUCAUCUUCAAUGCCCUUGCUGAUGGAAGGAGGUUUUCACUCAAUCUCACAAUACAUGGCCCCAUUCUUUCCUUUACACGGAUCAGUCGUCCCGUUCCCUUUGCAGAAAAACAGCCCCAAAGCAUGAUGUUUCCACCCCCAUGCUUCACAGUAGGUAUGGUGUUCUUUGGAUGCAACUCCGCAUUCUUUGUCCUCCAAACACGACAAGUUGAGUUUUUACCAAAAAGUUAUAUUUUGGUUUCAUCUGACCAUAUGACAUUCUCCCAAUCUUCUGGAUCAUCCAAAUGCUCUCUAGCAAACUUCAGACGGGCCUUGCAUGUACCGUAAUUGCUGGACUAUUAAGCGCACCCGAAUAUAAACCGCAACCACUGAAUUAUCAAGGAUGCCCUGAAGUGUAUUUUGUACAUAAAUAAGCUGCACAUGUCUAUAAGCCGCAGGUGCCUACCGGUACAUUGAAACAAAUGAACUUUACACAGCCUUUAAACGAAACACGGCUUGUAACAAAAAUUAAACCGUAGCCUACCAGUAAAGUCAUUGGUCACUAUUUCUCCUCCUGUGCACUGAAACCACUGAAGUCAUCUCCUUCGGUGUCGGAGUUGAAUAGCCUCAGAAUUGCUUCAUCCGAUGUUGGAUCGUUUUCAUUGUCGCUCUCGUCACUUUCAGCCGGAGGCAAAUACCCCGCUGAGCUCAUGCUGCCCCUUCAACACGCAGCAGUCCAGCCUUUCAAAACCCGUUGAUAGUGGAUUUUUUGACAAUGCUCCACUCUGUCAGGACCCACUGGCAGACUUGACCAUAAGUUGCUCUUCGCAUGCGGCCCGUUUUAGUGAAGGAUUUCUCCCCACUUGUCAUCCAAGCCUCCCACUGAACAUGGAGCGCCACCUUAAAUGCACGAUUUACACUGAUGUCGAGUGGCUGCAAAUACUUUGGGCCAUCUGCUUUUCUUCCCUCUGAAAUGUUUGUUGUCUUGUACUGAGUCAGUUCCUCACGCUGCUGUUUACAACGUCUUAUCAUCGACGCAUUAAGGCCAAGCUCUCAUGCAGCAGCUCUAUUUCCUUUUCCAACAGCCAGAUCGAUCGCCUUCAACUUGAACGCUGCAUCAUAUGCAUUUCUCCGUAUCUUUGCCAUGAUGAGGGUGACAAAAUUACCGUAAUCAGAAUGAUGGGACAUUUGAGCGUGCUCGAUUUGCGUCACAUUAUGCGACUGUGCUCAGUUUUUUUUGGCAGCAUGAAUCUUGUGAAAGUGGGAAAAAUCCAUAAAUUAGCCGCAUCAUUGUAUAAACCGCGAGGUUCAAAGUGUGGGAAUAAAGUAGCGGCUUAUAGUUCGGAAAUUACGGUACUGGCUUAAGCAGGAGGACACGUCUGGCACUGCAGGAUUUGAGUCCCUGGCGGCGUAGUGUGUUACUGAUGGUAGGCUUUGUUACUUUGGUCCCAGGCUCUCUGCAGGUCCCCCGUGUGGUUCUGGGAUUUUUGCUCACUGUUCUUGUGAUAAUUUUGACCCCACGGGGUGAGAUCUUGCGUGGAGCCCCAGAUCGAGGGAGAUUAUCAGUGGUCUUGUAUGUCUUCCAUUUCCUAAUAAUUGCUCCCACAGUUGAUUUCUUCAAACCAAGCUGCUUACCUAUUGCAGAUUCAGUCUUCCCAGCCUGGUGCAGGUCUACAAUUUUGUUUCUGGUGUCCUUUGACAGCUCUUUGGUCUUGGCCAUAGUGGAGUUUGGAGUGUGACUGAUUGAGGUUGUGGACAGGUGUCUUUUAUACUGAUGAGUUCAAACAGGUGCCAUUAAUACAGGUAACGAGUGGAGGACAGAGUAGCCUCUUAAAGAACAGGUCUGUGAGAGCCAGAAAUCUUGCUUGUUUGUAGGUGACCAAAUACUUAUUUUCCACCAUAAUUUAAAAAUAAAUUCAUUAAAAAUCCUACAAUGUGAUUUUCUGGAUUUUUUUCCCCCUCAUUUUGUCUGUCAUAGUUGAAGUGUACCUAUGAUAAAUUACAGGCCUCAUCUUUUUAAGUGGGAGAAUUUGCACAAUUGGUGGCUGACUAAAUACUUUUUUGCCCCACUGUAUAUACAAUUUACAGUAUGAACAUUUUAUAUAGGUUCAGUGAAGAUGUACAAGUGCUUAUCAUAGCAAGGACUCUUGCAGAAGGUUGGAUGUUUUCCAUUUCUUAAUUGUGGCUGUAAUGUAGUUUUAGCUGGACACUAACUUGGUACACACAAUGUAUUGAGCUAUUGCUUUUGAGAUACUAUGAUGUCUCUUAAGUACAUUUCCUAAUAUACUAAAACACCCACAUUUUGGAUGUCUGACUCCAGGUCAUAGAUUUCAAGGUAUCCAGAAGACGAGGUAAAUAUAAUUCAAUUAAACUGUCCCUUUGAUACUACGCUUUACAUUCUAUAAAAUAGGUAAUACUGCGUUAGCUCGACCCAUUUAUACUGUCACUACUGAAAAACAUUUGUAUAGAGAUUAGUGCUUUUGCAAGUUCAACGUUUCUGUGGAAACAUUUUUCAACUUUAUUUGCAGCACAAAGGUGAACCGCACAAGGAUUAUUUUAAUUUGUAUGUCUAAGACAGGUUUACGUUCCCUUUCAACUCUGUAAUUUUGCACAUCAACUCCACAAGGGAAGUAUGUCUCUGGUACAUGAUCACUAAUUACAAGGAACAAGUGGCCUACCACAAUCAGGAACGUUUAACAACUCUGCAACAUGGUUAUGUAUAUUCACUCAAAGACAAACCUCAGGUCUCUAACGAAACCCAUAAUUUCCUGGUUAAAAUAUUAUGGGCCUUGGACUAUUCUCACAGAGGUCUUUGAUAAUAUGUAUGUAUCAAAUAGGGUCUACUGCAAUGUAUUUUUCCAACUACAACGUGUUUGUCACAGGAUGACUAGUGUCUUAUCAGAACAUUUUGCCACUGACGGUUCAACAUUUUACUAGCUUUUUAUCCAAAUAGCUAGCUACUGUACAUCAAAUGCUUGUUUUAACUUCAUUAGUACUCCAAUGAACCUACCUCACACCAUGCCAGCUCUAGAGAUGUUUCAUAAUGGACACAUUGAGGACAUUGAACUGGUAUGAAUACAACUCCGCUAUCUCACACAUUUUUACAUGCAUUUUGUACAGGUUGGUUUAUAUGAUAGUACUGACACCUUCUGUGUCAGUAUUUUCACCUAAUUGUAAUCAAAUGAAUGACUAUUCACUUUUACUUAUUGGAAAAUGAAGGUCUGUACUUAAAGACAACUGACUUCUUAUGAAGUUUGUUUACUCUGAUUCAAUGUAUUUUUACUAGUUUCUUAGGCUAUGCAUACCAUUAGGCCUUGAUGCAAGCAAAGCAUUUUAUACAUCUCUUUUGUUCUGUACUUUUGGACAUUAAACAUUUUCACAUA